CUUAAAUUUUUGCAUAACUAAAAGCAUUUAUUAAUUUUAAAUCGUUUUUCAAGUUCUUGUUGUACUUUAACUAAAGUUAGACUUUAGCUUUACACUUAAGUAAUAAGUUUAAGUGAGGAAAAAAAUUUUUGAACGUCAUGUAAUGUUGUCAUGGAUAAAUUGCUUAUCAGACUUUGGUGCGUUUGUACGAUUUUAUUACCAAGCGUCAGCUUAUUUAUCAUAAGACUUCCAUGUAGUUUAUAUGCAAGUUUUAACUUUACAAAAAGUAAAUACUAUAUUGGAGACAUCGAUUCAACAUACUCUGUAAAUAGCAUUAAUGAAUGUGGUAUCUAUUGCGUUAGAAGUCCAAAUUGUGUUUUUGCUAAUUAUAAUGAAAAUCAAAAAAUUUGCAAGUUAAUGUCAUCGAAACCGAAAUUUUUAAACAGUAUAGUUGACCAACAGUGGCAAGUACUUAUGUCUGAAACUGAAAAUAACUCAAAUAUUGGCUUGAUUUGUGAAGAUAAUACUCCUUGUAAAAGUUUAUAUUGCAGGGAUAUAUGUUUAUCAGGUGAUCCGUUAGUUAACAGCUAUAUCUGCUCAGAAACGUCUGAUAUAUCAAGAAAAGCUGUUCCUUCAUUGUCUGGAACGUAUCCUGGCUCCGAUGCAAAAGACGCCAUUGAUGGAAAUAUACUUAGUGAAGCAACAACUAAUAAUUAUUAUCCGAAGUGGUUUAAACUCGACUUGCAAUAUGUUUUUCAGAUUUAUCAAAUAGUUAUUUACAAUGCUCAAAAAUAUUGGAGAACAAACGGUAACCGGUUAAUUGUGAGCAUAACCAACUUACCAACAGAUUAUAAGCAGAUUGCAACAUUGAACAGCGAAAUGAAACAAAUUUUUGACGGACCAUAUGUGGCUAGAUAUAUUCUUAUAUUUAAAGAUAACAAUGAUUUACUUAACUUUGGAGAAAUUAAUGUUUAUGUUUAAUUUAAUACUUUAAAUAUGUUAUUUUUACUCAUUUACGCCGUAAUUAGAAUGCGUUUGGAUAUUUUUAGUGUUAGACAUACUUGAUAAUAUUAUGUUUAAAAUAGUUUAUUAUUAGUGUAAAGAAUUUACGCAAUU